AUGGAAGUGUUUAGCUUUGAGAAAAAGAUUAAGCAUUACAACAGCUAUCAGAAGAUACUCUUAGCCGGAGAAGGAGACUUCUCUUUUUCUGUUUGCUUAGCUAGAGCUUUUGGCUUGGCUAUCAACAUGGUUGCGACUUCUCUCGACUCCAGAGAGUCUUUGAUGCUGAAUUAUUCAAAAGCUAUGAGCAAUGUGAAGGAGUUAGAGGCCAGGGGAUGCAAAGUAUUGCAUGAGGUGGAUGUCCACAGCAUGAGCCAACACCCUUUCUUGAUUAGGGGGAAAGGGUUUAGGAUUAUAUUAGAAGGGUUUCAUCAGGAUUUGGUCAGGGGAUUCCUCAAGAAUGCAUGCGAAAUGCUAACUGCGAUAGGAGAAAUUCAUGUGACACACAAGACAACAUUUCCUUUCACUGAAUGGAAAAUAGUGGAGUUAGCAAAAGAGGUUGGGUUAUAUCUGGUUGAUGAAGAACAGUUCUCACUAUUGGAUUAUCCAGGUUAUGAAAACAAGAGAGGAGCUGGGAUGUGUGAUAAAACUUUUCAUGUUGGAAUGUGUAGCACCUUCAAAUUUGCCAAGCUGUUGUACAGUUUUACCACUUCAUGGUCUGGAUGUUCUGGAAUUAAUGGUCCUCACAUGCAACGGUAA